AUGUUCGAGGUGGAGAAGUAUGCUGACAUUUACACCUCCCGGGUGUCGAAUUUCUUAGCCAGCACCCCAUUUACCAUCUUCCGGCCUCCUUUGCAGUCAGACCGAAACUUUUUAGACUCUGGCAGUGAACAGGCCUUCUCGGAUUACAUGUGCGACCUUGUGGGAUCUUGGGGCCCUUUCGAUGAGGCUUUUCGGGCAGCAGCAGCAGAGAGGGAACCUAUGCACUGGGGCGCCACAAAUGAGCAUUUAACGCGGGAACAGUUGGAGCUAGCAGCAGAACAAAGGUGCUCUCCAGUCGGCUCAAAGUCACUUUUUAUUGGCCCGGACAUGUCCGGUGACACACAGCGCAACGUCGCGGGCCGCGUUGCGGGAGAUAUGCAGGUCACCAAAGGUGCAAGCUAUGAUCCCAAUGCAGCGCAAGAGAGAUUGGAGCGCUUGUAUGCUUUACUUGGAUCCGGGAGCCAGGAGGGUGGCUCGAGCAGCGUUCGGCUGCCUUUACCAACACCCAGCAGCUCGCAGAGGUUGACGGAACAGCUGGCGCAGCUGCGUGCAAGUAACAGGGCAUUGGAAGAAGAGAAUCGAAGAUUGAGAGCCAAGACGCAAGAGACUUCGAAAGUGAACCCCGGAGCACCGGCUGAUUCGCAGCUGCGCCAGCGGGUGCGACAAAUGUUAGAAGAGCAACGGAGGUUGGUGGAUGACUUGCAGGCACAGAUUGGUGAGGAGCUAUCACAAGCUGGAGCCGUUCCGCAGCCACGGUCGGCCCCUAUGGCGCAAACAGCUGCAGAGCGCUUGGGAUCACCCAGAUUGGCUCCAGCUGAAGCAGAAGGGCAAUUUGCCGGCCCAGCGAUGAAGUCCACCGGGCCAACCAGUGCUUUGUUGGGGCAGCGUUGGCUGCCAACACCAACAACCAGCAAGAUCCCCGUGAAACAGCCGGUACUGGAUUCGCCAAGGAUGGCGCCGGAAGAAAGCACCGCUUGGCCACAAGACAUGGAGGAGCUACCACCCCCCGCACCGAUGGAGCCAGCUACCCAGUUUCAGUUAGGGAGUCGGCUGCCCAUGCCUGAGCCCGGCAGGCAGCUUGAAACUGGUGUGCAGCUUCCAUAUCCACAAGUGGAUGUUCCGGAACUGAGAGCUGAACAGAGCGACCUCAGAUUGCAGCCCAGGAGGCCUUUUGGGCAACCAGUCAGAUCGCGGGGCAGCAAUCUGGAACCUCCCCCAGCACCCGGUGAAGAGCCAUCUCCUUGGGGAUGGGGACCGCGAGCAGUGUCCACAAGAACUCCUGCACAGCACAAAGCAGACGCUGAACCUCCCGCAGCACCGGAAGAAUGGGAUUCACCACGAGAUGUGCAUGGAGAGGGCAAUGUGUCGCAAACUGUGUAUUCUGCGCCUCCGAAGCACUCUCCAACUUCUCACUCGUCCCUCUUAGCGAGAAGUCCUGCUUUUCAAGGCGCAGAAAGCGAACCUCCUCCAGCACCUGAAGAAGAAGCACUUGACAAAGAUCAAGUAAAACCUGCGUCAGCUGCUUAUGGAAGGCCGUCCGCCAUGCAAGCAAGGCACUCGCCAAGUUCUUCUCAGUCGACGCGAUCCCCAAUGUCUAUGAGAAGUGCCUCACAGCACAAAGCAGACGCUGAACCUCCCGCAGCACCGGAAGAAUGGGAUUCACCACGAGAUGUGCAUGGAGAGGGCAAUGUGUCGCAAGCUGUGUCGCCCUAUUUGCCUGCGAAGCACCCUCCAAGUUCUUCUCACUCGUCCCCACUGUCAUUGAGAAAUCCUGCACAGCACAGGGCAGAAGCUGAACCUGCCACAGCACCCGAAGAAUGGGAUUCAACACGACAUGUGCACGGAGAAGGGAAUGUGUCGCAAGCUGUGUCACCCCCACUAUCAAUGAGAAAUUCUGCACAGCACAAAGACGUAGAAAGUGAACCAUUUCCAGAAGAAGCACUUGAAAAAGGUGAAGUGUCGCCUGCAAUGUCAUUGGCGUCCAACCCUUCUUUGAGCUCAGCGCUGAAGGGAGAAGACAGGCCCUCCCGACCUCCCUCUGUGAAGCGCGCCGUCAGCUUCUCGGAGCCCCCGGAAUCGCCGGGGGAGCCAGGCUCGGUGGACAACGAGUCACACGGCCAGGACACCGGAGGUGUGGAGCAAGCACCAGAAAGCAAAGCAGCUCCUGUAGAGAGACCCUUGAGCAACAAGACACCGGUGGAUGGGCAAAGUGGAAGCACCAGCGCAGAAACAGAUGCUGAUGAUGCUGCGAAAGCGCAUGCUGACUGGCAGAAGCAGCAAUUGGCGGAGGGCAUCAUCCUGCUCAAGAAAUGGACUGAUUCAAACGCCGCAUUACAGCUUUGCAUCAGCAACAAGAAGCUGUCGGACAUGAAGUUCACUGUGAACAUUGGUGCCUCCACCAAUCUGGACUUUGCGAAACCUGAAGGGAGCCGAGGCGCAAAGACCUGCACGGUGCUGGCAGCUGCUGCAGCUGACACAGAUAUUUGUGAACUUCGGCAGGUAGACCAUCGCCAGUCAAGCAGGCUUAGCAUGGCCUUCAACUGGGAACCGCAGCAAGUAAAAAGAGAAGAACUACAGAAGCUUACCAGUGCAGAGCAGCAGAGGCGGAGGGAACUCGCCACUGAGCUGGAGCAACAAGGCAUCACUUCCUCUCGGAUGACGGCCUCUGAGAUCAAGGAUGCUUGUUCCAGGGCUGGUAUCUCCAAGUUUGUUGAUGCAGAUUUCAUGCCCUGUGAUGAAUCCUUAUUCCAGAAGUCCAGCAAUGACCAACCAGCAGUGAUGUGGAAGCGCCCAGAGGACUUCUGUAAAGGCAGUUUUCAGGUUUUCACCAACGACAUUUUGCCCUCCGACAUCAAGCAGGGAGCUUUGGGCGACUGUUGGUUUCUGGCUGCACUGGCAGCUGUGGCGGAGGAUCCUGACCUAAUUCGCCGAUUGCUUGGUGAUCCCAAAGUGAACAAGCAUGGCGUGUAUGAGAUCAAAUGCUUCAAGAAUGGACGACCAACAUCCAUUGUUGUGGAUGACUUUUUUCCGUGUUCUCCCAACAGCGGGCUGCCAUGUUAUGCUCAUGUUGAUGUUCAAGGCCGCAAUCAAAAUGAGCUGUGGGUCAUGCUCUUGGAAAAAGCCUGGGCCAAGCUGCAUGGCUGCUAUGAACGAAUCGAAAGUGGUAUGCCGUAUCGUGCGCUGAUGGACUUGCUUGGAGCAGCGGGCAAAGAGUAUCACUUGGAGACAGAGAAGCAUCCCGAUGGUCUCAUCGCUAAGGACAAGUUCUUUUCAAUGCUGUGCAAAUAUGAUCAGGCGGGCUAUCUGAUGGUAGCUGGGACCCCUGGCUCAGAUAGCUUUACCAAAGGUGACAAGUCGCAGAUCCCAUUGUCGGGCCUCAUCCCUGGCCAUGCCUAUACAUUGCUUUCGGCACACGAAGCGAAUGGUGUGAGACUGUUGCGUCUCCGAAACCCCUGGGGCGACCAUGAGUGGACGGGUGAUUGGAGUGACAAGAGUAGCUUGUGGACGCAGGCCAUGAAGGAUGCUGUAACGCCAAAGCCUAGCUUCGAUGCCAAUGAUGGCGAGUUCUGGAUGUGCUACCGAGACUUCCUGAGCCACUUCAGCUCCGUGGGUGUGGCGUUUCUAAGCGAUUCCUGGUCCACCACACGCAACAUGCUCUCCACUGAUGGGACGGACAUGUGUAGACAGGUGGUGUCCAUUCGAAGCUCCUCACCGAUCAAGAAAGGUUUCAUCACACUUUUUCAACAGGACGAGCGGAUGCAAGGCGCACCUCCUUAUACGCAGUUGUCCUUCGCCCUUUAUGGGCCCCUGGAGGAUGGAAAACCCCAAGCGGAAGUUCUUCGCAGCCACCUGUGGCCCGUGCGGGAGCUGGUGGAGGAAAUUCCUCAUAGCAAGCCGCUGCCUGCCGGAGAAUACCUGGUGGCAAUUUUCACUCCCAAGAAGGUGCCUGAUCGUCAGCUGACGCUGGUGUUGCAGCUUGAUGUCACCGGGCACUGUGAGGUGACCACCAAAGAAGCAGAUGAUGAGACGCGCAAAAAGCUGGCGUUGGCCAGCGCCCUUUCAGGCCCUGCGCGGGCCAUAGGGCCUGCCUCAACUCGUGGAGCUUGGCUGCCCAACGGUGGUUAUGCACUUGCUGCGUCAUGUGCUCCUCGAAGUAAGGCUCUUGCAAUGUCGUUUGAUUUCAGCCGAUGCAAGGGCCUUGCCCUGAGGGGUGAUGGCACAAAGGUUGACAUGGUCUUCAAUUCGAAGGACCCAGAAGAGAUGCGACUGAUUGGUGACUUGCAGCCCAUGGAGAGCAAGAAAUCCUUCUCAGUGUCUACUUCAUAUCAGGAGGUUCGUUGAAACACCAGAGAGGAUGCUGGAAGACUUUUUGGAGUCUCGCUUCGGCAUCUCAUUCUGAACCUUUGCUGAGAAUCCGGCCCAAGACCUGCCAUGGAUCCAUAGAACCAUUUCUUGCCGUCCACUGAGCCAAGCCCUGCGGUCGGGAGACGAAGACAAACCAGGUAACCAAUCAUCAACCGGUGCUUCUGUUCUUGUCAUUCUCGGAUUGGUUGCGUC